AUGAAAGUCGAAGUUCGCUCCGCUAUCACGUUCCUUACCGAGGUUCUUUUAAGAAACUCUAAAGUGAAUGAAGAACAAGCAAAUAAAUUCAAGGCAAUUCUAGAACAAUUAAUGAUCACGAAAUUUCAGAACCAUUGGCAUCCGAACAAGCCUUUGAAAGGAAACGCAUUUAGAUGCCUCAACAUCGACACAACCGCUAUCGACCCCGUUCUUCUAACAGCAACAGAAGCGAGCGGGAUUUCCCCGACAGUUUUGUUAGAUGUCUUCCCAGGAGGGCUCGCUUUAUGGGUAGAUCCCGGCGACGUGUCGUGUAGAAUUGGAAAAGGCUCGAUAUGUCCGCUUUACGGGGAACAAAAUACACAACAACAACAACAAAGUUUUACAAAGCCACAACGGCCGCUUCAGCAAUUCAACUUUGGCUAUCGUCAGUGUUCUUCGCAGUCAAAUUUCAAGCAGUCGCUUUUUCCGAAGAAUUCAAGCCAAAAGGAGAACUUUCAAAGGUACCAUUGGGUUAGCAAGGACUAUUCCAAAAGAACUACCGAAGUAUUUUAA